AUGGGACCUGUUGCGAGCGGUGGUGUCGGUGCGACAGAUGUGUUGACUAAUGCGCUAAUGUUGGUCGUUAUGUGUGGCGCAGUGGGUCCGCUGGGCGCGGGGCACCGCUGCGAGGUGUGCGGCAAGCUGCUGUCGACGCGGCUCACCCUCAAGCGGCACACGGAGCAGCAGCACCUGCAGCCGCUGCACUCGGCGCGCUGCUCGCUGUGCCACAAGGUGUUCCGCACGCUCAACUCGCUCAACAAUCACAAGAGCAUCUACCACCGCCGCCAGAGGGCACCCUCCGCCGCGCCCCCGCACCUGCCGCCGCAACCGCAGCCGCAGAACCUCUCCACCCUCGACUCCAAGAUCCACCCUAACCAGCACCACCACAGCGUCGACUUCUACAAGUUCAAAGAUCAGUUCAAUGUCUAA